AUGAACGAAACUAAUUACAUUGAGGAAAAUGAAAUUUUAAUUAAACUUGGAAAAUGGGAAGAUGUUUAUUCAUUACCAACUAGAAUGACAUUAGAAUCAUUUUGGUAUACAAUGGAGAAAUGGUCAUUAAAUCCACAAUGUAUGAAUAAAAGUGCAAAGAAAUUUAGUUUAACAAAUAAAUCAACCUAUGAUAAAAACAAUCAACAAUUAUCAAAUUAUAUUUUUAAAAAGAAUUUAUCUGGUAUAUUUUUAAAUGAAAAUGAAGAAAAAGAAAAAGAAAAUUAUGAAAAAGAAGAAAAAGAAAAAGAAAAAGAAGAUGAAAAUGAUGAAAAUGAAAAUAAAUUAAAAAAACAAAAACAUAAACAUCAUGGUUGUGAAAAUGAUGAAGAUGAAGAUGAAAAUGAAAAUAUAUUUAAACAAGAUGGUAGUAUUGAAAAGGAUAUAAAUACAAAGGAUAUAAAUGAAAGUGAAUUAGCAAUUGAAUAUUUAGAUGAUAAAGUUGAAACAAUCAUUUAUAAAAGACAUUUAAUACCAAGAUUAUUGAAUAGAGAUCCAUCAAUUGAUGAAUUAGUGUAUCAUCGUAAAUCAAGCAAUCAAUGUCAAUUCAUACCAAUGUUAAAUGUUAUUGAUAAUGCAAGAUUACUACCAUUCUUUUAUCCAAAAGUAUUAGGAUUUAAUAUAAUCUAUCAACAAUUAGAUUCAAUUAAAGAUAAAGAUUUAAUUAAUCAAUUAUUAGAAAAAGAAAUAAAUGAUGAAAUUGAGAAACAAAAAAAACAAAAACAAAAACAAAAAAAAAAUAAAUCAAACCCAAACAAAGAAAAAAAAAAAGAAGAACAACAAGAAGAAGAAAUUAUUAAUUUUAAAGGAAUUUUAAAAAUUCAAGUAAUUUAUUUUAAAGAAUUUCAACCAAAAUUCGAUAAAACAUCAAAACAAAUUUUAGAGAAAUUAAAUCGUUGGGGUGUCAAUUAUGAGAUUGGUUAUAAAAAGAAAGCAAAUCUUGAUCAAAUUGUACCAAAGAAUGUAUUUUUAUCAAUGUAUGAAGAGAUGAAACAACGUUAUAAAACUAUGGAAGAGGGUUGGAAAGAGGUGACACAAACUGAUCCACAGAAAUUCAUUUAUGAGGAUGUUGCAAUCGCUGCUUAUUUAAUUUGUAUUUGGAGAAAAGAGAAUCAAGAAAAUGGUAAAUCACCAAAUAAACCAACUCAAAGAUUCAUUGAUAUAGGUUGUGGCAAUGGGUUAUUGGUUCAUAUUUUAAAUAAAGAAGGUUAUGAUGGAAUUGGUAUUGAUUUACGUUCAAGAAAGAUUUGGGCAAAAUACGAUGACCAAGUUCAAAAGAAUUUAAUUGAAGAAGCAAUCUUACCAAAAGAUACAACUUUUGAACAAUAUGAUUGGAUCAUUGGUAAUCAUUCCGAUGAGCUAACACCAUGGGUACCUUAUAUAACUUCGAAAUUACCAAAUCAAAGAUUCUUUUUAUUACCAUGUUGUUUCUAUAAUUUUAAUUCUCGUUUUAAAGAGAAUGAUACUCGUAUUGGUAAAUAUUCUUGUUAUUUAAAUUAUAUUGAAAAGGUUUCAAAUGAAUGUGGUUUCAAUGUCAUUAAAGAAACUCUUAGAAUUCCAUCAACUAAAAAUAUAGCUUUCAUCUCUUCAUUACGUGAUCCAACUUUAACCGAUGACCAAUUAAUUGAACGUCGUCAAAAAUUAUUAAAAUCUUCAAAUUAUAUUGAUUUUAAACCAAGAGAAAGAGAUAUUAAAUGGGUACCUCAAAAGAAAUAUCAACCUGGUCAAUAUAAUCCACAUUUAGAUCCAUUAAAUCCAAAUAAUAUUAAAAGAAUUAUUAGAAAAGAAAAUAAAGAUAAAGAAAAUAAAGAUAAAGAAAAUAAAGAUAAAGAAAAUAAACAAGAAGAAGUUUAA